AUGUACAAGACUCUUCUUCUACCGCUGCUAACGCUAGCUUUGCGGCUGGUACACGCUCAGGAGGAAGAAAAGAUCUCAUGGCCGGAACCCCACCCCGGCAACUACACCAUCUCCAACUUCAAUUUCGACCAAGGUCGGCAACUUGACAAGCUCGUUCUCGCUUACCAAACUAUUGGGGAGUUGAAAAUUGAAGAUGAUGGAACCACCAACGCUGUCCUUCUCCUGCACGGCAGUGACGCCGAGAGCGGGCAGUUUCUUGUAGACUCCUUCGCCGGUACUCUCUUCAAUCCUGGACAGGUGCUAGACGCUGAGAAGUACUUCCUCAUCAUGCGGGACGGCAUCGGACACGGCUUAUCCAGCAACCCUCGCAACACUGGCCUGCACGCCAGCUUCCCCAGUUACCAGUACUCGGAUAUGAUUCGUGCGGACCAUCGGCUUCUGACCGAGCACUUUGGAAUCAACCACGCCAGGCUGAUCAUGGGUGUGUCAAUGGGUGGUAUGCACUCGUGGAUGUGGGGGGAGGAGUAUCCGGAUUUUAUGGACGCGUUGAUGCCGAUUGCGUCCCAGCCUGUGCAGAUUGGUGGCCAUAAUAGGAUGUGGCGGAGACUGAUGAUGGAGGUCAUCCAGCGAGAUCCGAAUUGGGAGGGAGGUGAUUACAAGAAACAACCAAUGGGCAGUCUGCUGGGCGCCUUAAGUAUUCUCCAAACCAUGCUCCAGGGGCCGCUGUCCAUGGCGGAGGAGUAUCCAACCCGCGAUGCUGCAGAUGCGUUUGUGGAUGGGCUACUGGACCUUCUGGCUGAGAAUCCGAACGCAUUCGAUGUGAACAGUCUGCUCUACGCCUACAACGCGUCCUACACUUACGAUCCCGAGUCACGGCUGAAGUCGAUUAAAGCUCCGCUGACGGCUGUCAAUACCGACGACGACUUGAUGAACCCACCGCAGCUCGGGACGAUAGAGCGUGCUGUGCAGGACCAGAUGGUGGAGGGGCUGGGUAGGGCGGUGGUCGUGCCCACAAGCAAUGAGACGUUUGGACAUGGGUCGUACAUUGAUGCAAAUCUGUGGAAGGCGGAGCUGAUGCAGCUGCUGGAGAGGAGCAAGUGUCCUGGAGAGGGUAUGUGA